GUGAUAUACUCUUGGUUGUCAACAUUAAUAUUGUGAUGUGUUAAUUUCAUUACCGGUAUAAUUUAACAGCUGAUAAAAGAGUACUUGCUUGCUUACGUAUUCAAUUGGUUUAUUUAUAUAAAUACUCGAAUAUAAUUUCACUUAUACAAUAUAAUACAUACCAAGAUGAGUGAAGAGAAAAGUAUAAUACUUGUGACUGGCGGUUCUGGUUUAGUGGGUCAAGCGAUAAAAACGGUGGUCGAAGAAGAAAGAAAAAUAGAUACAGAGAGAGCCAGUAAAGAGACUUGGAUAUUCUGUUCUUCCAAAGAUGGUGAUCUUAGAGAUAAAGCACAGACCGAUGCACUCUUUGAGAAAUAUAAGCCUACCCAUGUGAUCCAUCUAGCAGCCAUAGUUGGUGGAUUGUUCCAGAAUAUGUCACAUAACUUAGAAUUUUUUAGAGAAAAUAUGGCUAUAAAUGACAAUGUUCUACAUGCUUGUUUCAAAAACAAUGUCAAGAAAGUGGUCUCUUGUCUAUCAACAUGUAUAUUUCCAGACAAAAUUACGUAUCCUAUCGAUGAAACUAUGGUUCAUAAUGGUCUACCUCAUCCUUCAAAUUAUGGCUACAGCUAUGCAAAGAGGAUGGUUGAUAUUUUAAACAAAGGCUACAACUCGGAGCACGGGUGCGCGUUCACAUCGGUGAUCCCGUGCAACGUGUUCGGCGCGCACAACAACUACAGCGUGUCGGCCGCGCACGUCGUGCCCGCGCUCGUGCGCCGCAUGCACGACGCGCUGCGGAACGGCGACCCAACAUUCACAGUGCUCGGCAGCGGCAAGCCAUUGAGACAAUUUAUCUAUUCCCUGGACUUGGCCAAGCUUAUGAUAUGGGUAUUGAGAAACUACAACGAUGUGGAACCCAUUAUUUUAUCGGUGGAUGAAGAAGACGAGGUUACGAUAAGCGAUGUAGCAGAAGCAAUUAAGAAGGCUUACAACUACCAAGGGCAGAUAGUGUACGACACGAGCAAAGCUGACGGACAAUACAAGAAGACAGCGUCCAAUAAGAAACUUAGGUCGCUGUACAAGGACUUUACUUUCACUCCCUUCGAUAAAGCCAUUCAAGAGAGCGUCACAUGGUUCAUAGAGAAUAGGGACCGCGCUAGAUUAUAAAUUAAUCACCCAUAGAUAAUUUAUUUUUUUCGCCAACAUAAAUUAUCUAGAUAAAAAUAUUUAAUUAACUUUAUUGCUUGUUGUAAAUAAAUACAAAAAAUGUAUAUUUUGAAAUAUGUGAUUAUUUUUAUUGCUUAUUUUUUUAACUCAUUUACUUAUUAUAUAAUGUGCAUUUAAAGUAAACAUUGUAUGAACCUUACCAUUAUGUUAUUAAAGGAUUAUUUAUUUUUA